CUCUUACAGAACUAAUAAUACCCCAUUGUCUAAAGAUCUGCAGCCUUCAGUUAUCAGAUUCAGAGUCUCAAAAUCUGCCAGCCAAUGAAAAACAACAUCUUUAUUUCAAGAACAAUUACGAAAAGCAUGAAGCUGUUGACACAAGCAAGUCAGAAUCUCAAACUCUUCAAGAAAAAGGUGUGAAAAAUAAUCCUGAGGAGGAACAUAUAUCGUUGGUGACAGGAAACAUCUUACCAGAACAUGAUGUAAAUAAAGACACCAUGGGAGGAGAAACAUCAAAUGACAUUAAGACAGACUCAUUUGAAGAAAAAGAACCUCAAAUGGAGACUGAGAGCAGCCAUCUGAUGAACCUUGAAUGUGAUGAAGAGGAUGUUGAUGCGAGUCAACGAGAAUCUCAUGUUAAUUCUGAAAACCUUUAUGCUCAUGAUGCAGUUGAUUUAAAGCUUAAUGAAAUGAUCUCAAUUGGUGACGAAUUAAUCUCCAAUCAUGCAAAUCAAGGGAAGUCAAAUGAUGAUGAAUUAAUCACAGAUCAAGGGGCUCAUUUUAUGUAUGACCAAGGAAAUGUAAAUGCUGAAAUGAACUCAAAUGAUGAACCAAUUUUAAAUGAAAAUAGAGUAAGCUCAGUUGAUGAACGUGUCCACAUCGCUGAGGAUACAAUUAAAUAUGAACGAGAUAGUGAUGAUGAAACAACUAAAGAUGCAUCAUCAGCAACAAUAUCAAGUAACAUGCUAAACAAAAACAAUGAAAUGAAUAGGGAGGCAUUUGUUACACUUCAGUGUGCUAAGCUUGAGAUAGAAAAUAAAACAAUCAUACCGGCAUAUAUCGAUCACCAAUACUCAUCUAUACUAAAUACCGAUAUGGUCAAUGCCUUUCAGGAUGUCCUAAAUGUGAAUAUCCAAAAGAUGAAUGAAUUAAAAGAUGAAGAUGGCACAAAUGACCAUAGGGAUGGUAUACAUGAAGAGACUCAAUUGUAUGAUCAGGAAAGGUAUUUGGAUUUAUACCAAGAAAAGUGCCAAUAUGCAGUCACUCAUAAUCCCUUUAAUACCCCUUGUCUUGGUAAAGCAAAACCUUGGCCUGUUUCUCUUGAAAAUAUCACUUCUCAAGGAGAAAAUGAGAUUGGAAUUGGACACUAUGAAACUUAUGCAGAAAAUAAGGAGGCAAUAACAGGAGACAGUGAAAAUGAUACAGGGUACAAUGAUACCAAGAUUGACCUGAGUGAGCAAGUCCCUGACCCUAGGCCUGAAGUUUAUGGCACUGUGGAAGAGGUAUCUAAUACCAUUGAUAAUGCAUCAGUUAUGAUUAAGCGAAGCUGUAGGGUAAAAUGUAAAAGAAUGAAAGACAAAUCAGCCGAAAGAAAGAAAAUAAAAUGUACGCCUAGACGAAAUCCUCUUUUUAAAAUAACGCAAAGUGGGAUAAGGUGUCCUAACUGUAAACAAAGAUUUAAAAAUGAAUUGAAACUUUUGACCCAUUUUAUUACAUGUUGGACAGGAGAACCAGUAACAGAUCUCAUUAAAAUAAAUGCAACUCCAAAUCUUGCUCUUGACAAUUUUGCUUACUGUUGUGAUAAUUGCCAAAUGCCACCUUUCUUAAAUUAUAGACGUUUUCUCAGGCAUUGUUACUUCUGCUAUCAGACAAAACACAAGGGUGAGUUGAUAUUUGAGUCAAUCCGAUGCUAUAAAUGCAACAAAUUUGUCAGUGAAAAACUUUGGAUGAGACAUCUGCAAAUAUGUCCGCUCCCAUCAUUUGAUAAGAUCCCUGCAACCAGAUCUCCUGCUGGGUUAAGCUGUCACAUCUGCACUUAUAAAAUCAAGAUAGAAAAAGUACGGAGGCGUCCUUCUGAAUCCAAUCGGAGAUUAGCUCGUCAUAUGUAUUCCAAACAUGGCAUUGUCCAAUCUGGGUUCAGACUUC